AUGCAUUACCCGCUGCACAUAACGGUGCUCUGCGCAGGGCUAUGGAUCCUACGAGGCGAUGCUCACGCGGCUAAAACCGGCGUCAGUCCCGAGGUGCUGACGUCGUUCGCCAAGAACGUCGCGUCCGUCCUGUCGUCUACCUUGCUGAGCGACUUCCAAGAUUCGCCUUCGAACCAGUCGUCCACGAAUUUGGGCUCCCCGAAAAAACCGCCAGAGACACAAUCGAACAAGGAGAGCAUCGAAACUGCGAGUCCGUCGGCCGCGGGGAAGCCCCCGGGUCGCCUCAGGAGGUUCGUCGGAGGUCCUCGGACCUCGAACGAAGGAAGAAACAGGUUCCAGAACGCUUACGUAACCUCGAACGUUCCUCAAUUCUUGAAUCGAUACAGCCAAGAGCCGAUCAAACCGUACGAGUUCGCGGUGAAUCGCGACCUGCGCGUUCCACAGAACGGGAACAACAAAAACGUGAACGCCGACGCGAGAGACAACUCCAUCGACGCUGAGAUCAACGCGGCGUCUCUGCGUUACUCCAAUCCCCAGUUCAAAUACAAACCCGAGCUGGUCGAUUCGUUGGCGAACGCGAACCAGUACGGGCAUUUUGGCUUCCCCAAUUACAAUCACUUGCAUCAGACGCCUGGAACCGCGCAAUCAUUGAACGCGAAUGGGAUCGACGCCAACGGGGGAGCCAACGAAAACGCCCAGCCGACCCAAAUAACGCACAGACCGUACAACCUGAACUACCACGGCCCCUUCCACGGUCCCCAUCAUCCGCCAUUUUACAGACACCCGGAUUUCUACCCGAACCACGGACCUGUCGAAGGGAACGGUCAGCCUGCGGCUCCAGAAACCGAGCAGGUUGACGGUAACCCGUCCAGGAUAACCGAGGAUCAGAAUCAAGGACAAUCGACGAUAGGAGGCUACGACUAUCCACGUUUCUACUAUCGACCGCCUUACCACGGUGGAUUUUAUGGACCGCCAUACUUUUACAAUCAUCCUUACAACGGCUCCUUCGAUCCAGCUCUUGAACAACCUGGAGGCAAUAAUACACAUGGUCAUUUCCCUCACGGUUUCCCUGGGUAUGGAUUUAAUCCUUACGGUCCUUACCAGCCAUACUACCCGAAUUUCCACGGCUACGGGAGACCUGCUCAGCCUCAAAAUCCGCCUGAGAACGCAGGAAACGCUGAGCAAUUAGAAAAUGGUCAAAAUGGUCAAAAUGGUAAUUCCUCGGCCAAUCAGCCACCGUACGGAUAUCCACCGUACGGACCAUUUUAUGGGGACGUUCACUUCCCAGGAUAUCCUCUGGGGCCUAUUAUUCCACAUCGUUUCCAUCAUGGGUUCCACGAUCAUUUCAUUCAUCGAUUCAAACUGGGCCCGUAUUUGCCCCCAGAACUUUACGGAUAUUUCGCGCCAGGCCCUUGGUUCCAACCAUUCGGUGGACAUAAUAACAAGAACAAUGGUAACAAACCUGCAAUGAUGCCCGAGGAUGCCGCGAAACCUGCUGAGGCGGAGAAGACUAUAAACGCGAGCCCAGAGAAUUCGGGAAUGGGUAUGAACAGCGACGCGGAAGUGAUAUCCGAGAGCAAGUCGGAAGGAAUCGAAACCUUGCCUUCGAAUGGACACAAGAAGUUUCUUUUUCCAUGGUCUUUGGCCAAAGACAAAGAUAAACUAACGCGCCAAGAGUUUAAUGUAUUAGCUGAGAAUAGAGACUCGGAGGAUUAA